CUAACCAAAAAACCAUAACCCAGUUUUUCUUUAAAAAUGACAAAUAAAAGUUUAUUCCUUAAGCCUGAUUUUAUCAGGACUGUUUCACAAAAUGGAGUAGGAAGAUACAUUACUCAAUUACAAAGAGUAGUAUUAAAGUUCUGUAAGAACAAUGGAUCCAGUAGAGGAAUGAGAGAUUUUAUUGAGUCAGAAUUGGUACAUUUUGCUAGAGAAAAUCCUGGAAUAUGUGUAUACCUGAAACCUCGUAGACAUAGGGGACCGGUCAUAAAGGCUGAAUACUUAAAUGGUGACUCCCAAUGGGUAAAUUGUGCAAAUUUCUCCAAUGAAGAAAUAAUAAAAUGGUUGAAUUUAUUAAAAUCUCAACAAAACGACAAAACUGGUAUAAGGUAUAGAAAACUAUGGCACACAGAUACUCCAUCAAUUCAAGGACCCUGGACACCUUAUACUUUUAGAGAUUCCAACCUUAAUUUAGUAAAUUUCCCAGAUAAUGCAUUGGCUCAACCUUUUAAUGUAGAAGAAACUUUGACCGAACAAUUGGCUAAAGCCUUAAAGAAAUAAUUAAGGAUGUUAAAUAUGGUAGUGCUAUAAAUUAAAUGUAUUUAGG